GACCGGAAGUGACAGCAAUCUUUCAGCUGUCAUGGCUGAAAAGAGGAAUGUUUUGGGGCUGCCACUCCUCUUAUUAUUAUUUUCUGUGGCUCUCUUGCAUUUAUUCGUUUGUCCGUUCACCAAGGUGGAGGAGAGCUUUAACCUGCAAGCAGCGCACGACAUUUUGUAUCACAGACUCGACUUUGACAAGUACGACCAUCAUGAGUUCCCUGGUGUGGUGCCACGGACUUUCCUCGGCCCCCUUGUCCUCUCCGCGCUCUCCUCCCCUUUUGUGUUUCUGUCCUCUCUGCUGGAUGCACCGAAAUUCUACGCACAGCUGAUCGUGCGAGCCUCCCUGGGAGUUUGUGUUAUCAGUGCGCUGUGGCACAUGCAGAGAGAGGUGAGGAGGCAGUUCGGCUCCACGGUCGCAGGGCUCUUCUGUCUGACAUGUGCUUCACAGUUUCACCUCAUGUUCUACAGCACCAGGACGCUCCCUAAUGUAUUUGCUCUACCAAUAGUUCUUGUAGCCUUCACUUCCUGGAUGGCUCAGAGGUAUGGCUGCUUCAUCAGCCUGUCUGCUUUGGUCAUCAUCGUGUUCCGGUCGGAGCUCUGCAUCUUCAUGGGUCUCAUGUUGCUGAUGUCACUGCUGAGCAGGAAGCUGGGACUGCUGCAGCUGCUUUACUAUGCCGUUCCUGCUGGGAUCUUGUCACUGGCUCUGACCGUGGCUGUGGACACCUUCUUCUGGAAGACGCCUCUGUGGCCUGAAGGUCAGGUUCUGUGGUACAACACUAUUCUCAACAAAAGUUCCAACUGGGGAACCUCCCCCUUUCUCUGGUACUUUUACUCCGCGGUGCCCCGUGCCCUGGGCUGCACGCUGCUCUUCGUCCCACUCGGUCUCCUCGACAGGCGGAUGAGGCUGCUGCUGCUCCCUGCGGUGGGCUUCAUCCUCAUCUACUCGCUGCUGCCCCACAAGGAGCUGCGCUUCAUCAUAUACACCUUCCCCGUGCUCAGUUUGGUGGCUGCCCGAGGCUGCUCCUUCAUUUUAUGCAACUACCAGAAAUCUUGGAUGUAUAAACUGGGCUCUGCUGUUGUGGUCGGCCAGCUGUUGACCAACGCAGCGUAUUCGGGUUUUUGUCUCUACAUUUCCCACCACAACUACCCGGGGGGCCACGGCAUGCAGGAGCUACACAGGCUGUUGCCGCCCACUGCAGACGUCUUUGUUCACAUCGACACCUACGCUGCUGAAACUGGAGUUUCACGCUUCUUAGAGCAAAACAGAAACUGGAGAUAUGACAAGCGGGAGGACCUGAGUCCCACUGAUCCUGAAAUCAAAAUGUACUCACACCUGCUAAUGGAGGCUAAUGUCACCAAGAUAGAGCUGCUGCAGGACACUCAUCAGCCUCUGGCCUUCAUAGCAGGUUACAGCAACGUGGCCUUCGAUGUGUCUCACUUCCCUCCUGUCAGUGUGCGACUGGAGAGAAAAACUGUGCUGAUGGAGAGAAAGGCAGAGCGACUCUGACGGGAACGAGGUGUCGGAGCGAGGAGUUAGGUUUUCUUGGCGACCAAAAGUGACACUGGUAUGUAACACCAGUGUUGUAACAGUAUAGAUUGGAGUGUUAAAGAUAUUUUUCCAGGUGUGAAAAAAGUAUCUAUUUGUUGCAGCAUAUAAACUUCAUGCACUUUGGCUGAUGUUUAAAAUGUUAAACCAGGUCAAACUGUUCUUGAUUCUAAUGUAACGACAGAUAUUGGGGUUGUAAAGCAGGUUAAAAAGAUUCUUUGACAUGAAACAGUUUUAUCCUCUGAAAACGGCUCUGUAAUAUUUACCUCAGAAUGUGAUUUGUAUAUUUUGUAGAUAGAUUUUAUAGAUGAAUCAAGCUGAAUGUGACAUUUGAAACAGCAUUGACUAAUUACCCAAAACUCCCAUGUUUUGUACAAUAAAACAUUAAAUUGAUAAGAA